CUACGCAUCACUGCUGCACCUGGGCGACGGCCUCGGGUCCAAUCUCACUCCACCACUCUGCACAGCUGCCGUUCCUGCAUUGCCCGCACAGCUCGCCGCCUGGCCGCCCCGGCGCGCAUCCUUGGCUCGCUCUGCACGGCCUGGCCUCCGCGGCUCUCUAGCGCCUGCGGACGCCCAUCGACCUCCCCCUUCGUGCGCCGCGCUUGGGUCCCCUUGCAAUCCUCAACCCUGAACCACCAGAACCCUCUCCCUCAGCUUCAACCUGCAGCUGCGGAGACGCCCGUGGUCCAGAGGGGAACGCCUGACCUUAUCCCGCCAAUCCUCUUCUUUCUCUCUCUGCCGCUCGCAGGCCACCCCCACCACCACCACCCUUUCUCGACAACGCCUGCCGAAAAAGAAUUUUGUCACCUCUUGCUGUCAUUCUUUGUCGCACGACCUUAUCGACGACCAUGGGUCUCUUCAAUCGCAAGAAAGAGUCAAAACAGGCCCAGCAGGCCCCCCAGCCUGACACGGCUUCGACCACCUCCAACGGCUCGCUCAAAGGUCCCUCCAAGCCCUCCACCAACGGCUCCAUGGCCGCCGCGAAGCCCCAGAUCCCCGACAUCCCGCUGGCGAAGGCCCCCGACCCGGCCCUCGACCCCGUCGCCUACUUGCGCAGCAUCUGGGCUGUGAGGGACCGCUCCAAGCUGGUCCUCGACAGAGCCAAGCGGAACCAGCUCAAGCACUUCACCGUCGACAUGUCCAAGUUCUCCGACACGGCUGCCUACGUGGUUUCAAUCAUCAAGCGCGACUUCGCUCCCAACUACGCCGCGAUUCCCGCCCACGGCCGCUGGCAGCACUUUGAAGUCGGCGGUCGCCCGCGCAUCGACCAGCUCAUGGCCACCUGGCCGUCCACUGUCGACAGCCAGGAGCGCACCCGUCGUCUGGUCGAUCUUUUUGUCGUCUCGGUUCUCUUGGACGCCGGCGCAGGCACAAGGUGGCAGUACCGCAGCAAGGAGUCUGGCAAGUUCUACCGCCGCAGCGAGGGCUUGGCCGUCGCCAGCUUGGAAAUGUUCAAGGCCGGCAUGUUCAGCAGCGAUCCCGCCGAGCCGUGCCAGGUCGACAGCGCGGGGCUCAGGAAGCUGGAUGUCAAGACUGUUGCCCGCGGGCUGCAGGUCACUGACCAAAACGUCAUCGAGGGCCUCGAAGGCCGCGCGAGUCUGCUCGUGCGCCUGGGCGAUGCGCUUCAGAACCAGGAGAUCUUCGGCGCUGACGGCCGCCCCGGAAACAUGCUCGACUACCUCCUCUCCCACCCGUCUACCCACGCGUCUUCCGUGCCCAUUGUCCCCUUGCCGACGCUCUGGAAGGUCCUCAUGGACGGCCUCUCGCCUAUCUGGCCCGCAAGCCGCACCCAGAUUGACGGUGUCUCAAUCGGCGACGCAUGGCCGUGCUCGGUCAUGCCCUCGCAUCCAACUACUCCUUGGGAGAACAUUGUGCCGUUCCACAAGCUGACACAGUGGCUCGCCUACUCUAUCAUGGUCCCGAUGAACAAGCUGCUGUCCGUGCACUUCGCGGGUGAGCACCUUCUGACCGGUCUUCCUGAAUAUCGCAACGGCGGUCUGCUGGUCGACACCGGUCUCCUAACGCUGAAGCCCGAGGACUCCAAGCGGGGACUGGCGAACUACCAGCAGAACGCGGAGAAGAAGGGGCAGCCCAGCAUGGAGGUGGUUCCGCUGUUCACGGCGGACGACGACGUCAUUGUCGAAUGGCGUGCAGUCACGGUCGGCUUCUUGGACGAGCUGCUGGCCGAAGUCAACUCCCUGUUGGGCCUCCGGGGCAACGACAAGCUGAGCCUCGCGCAAAUGCUAGAGGCGGGCACGUGGAAGGGUGGGCGGGAAAUCGCCGAAGUUUCGCGGCCAAACACCAAAGAACCGCCGAUCAUGAUCUUGUCCGACGGCACCGUUUUCUAGAGAUACCCCUCCUUUUGCGCUCCAUCAACCGUUUCCUAAAGGUUUUGUCGUCGCUUGGAGAGGCGCGUCAGAGGAGGUUUCCUUCGUGCCCAGCAGGCCCCACAUAAAUGCUGGUGCUCUAUUGUCUAGUUCUUGCGUCCGUCCCGCACAAAGUUCACAUUGGACGUUCAUUCCACUUCACAUUUCUUUUCUCUUCUUUCUCGACCGACUGGCUUUUUUCUUGUCCAUAUCUUACUUUUUCGGGGUUUGGUUCAAAACACUGGGGACAAGGGGCACGGGCAGUGAUGGCGAUAGUUUGACAAGGCGAGGGCGGCUGGGGGCGCGAUUCCCCAUGGCUUCCCGACAUUGCUUUUCUUUUCUGACUUAGAUAUCCUGGCGGAAGACUUUUCACAUUCGUGUCGGCGAGACUCAUUCGGUGGCUUUUUCCCAAUAGGCUUAUAAUGCAAAAAGGUAGCUAAUGAUUUUGCCGCGGCCUUGGCGCCCGUAUCCG